UCAGCGCAGUGGGCGAGCUGCUUUCUGUCUCCUCGGUGUGUUUGUGUUUCAUUCUGGUGGUGUUCGGUCUCGCUUUACGGCUCAGGCGCCGGUUUUUCAUAGAAGGCAGCAGUGUGCGAGCUGGAGGGGCGGUGUUGUUGUGGCAGCAGGUGUAUCUUUUCUUUCUGUGAAAAUCUUUGACUAUGGAGGCAGAGCAGAGUAUGGAGGGGCAGACACAGGUUUCGGAAAAUCCUCAUUCUGAAUAUGGUCUCACAGAAAAUGUUGAGAGAAUAGUAGAAAAUGAGAAGGCCAACACAGAAAAAGUAUCCAAACAGAAGGUUGAUCUGCAGGCUUUACCUACUCGGGCAUAUCUUGACCAAACAGUGGUUCCAAUACUGUUACAAGGGCUUUCUGUGCUGGCAAAGGAAAGGCCUCCUAACCCCAUAGAAUACCUGGCAGCUUAUCUGUUAAAAAACAAGACACAGUUUGAGGACCGAAAUUAAAACACGAUUCACAGAUCUGGAUUCCUGCAGUUUACAGCCAUGGCCAAUAGAUUAUACCAACAAUUCCAUAUAUUGUUUUGAACUUGUGCAAAAUUUUAAGGUUUUCGUUGUUGCAUAUUAGCUUAAUUUCAGUUUUGCAGUGCGCUUUCGGAAAUAUCUUUGUAUGAAGUGACCUUAAAAUAAAUAAAACUGUUUAGAUACACUGCAA